AUGGCAUUGUCACCCGGAGGCAUCGUCCCGGCUCAGCUGGGCUUCCUUGCCAUCUUCAACCCGUCCCUGGGGCACACGGAUGAGACGCUUGACGACCAAAUAGUCUACUAUGCCUCGGUGAGCACCCAGCGACAGAAGCGCCGUCACCGCUCCCGUACCAAGCCCACCGAGAACCUUUCUCAAGAAGAACGCAAUGAGCGUCUCCGCCAGAUCGGCCUCGCCCAGGGCAUGGUCGAGUUCAGUAGGAGUUUUUCCGGCGGCCAGCCCGUCGACUCCAUCGACACUGAGAAGUCGCGUGUGAUCCUCCACGAGCUGGAGCAAGGUUGGUGGAUCCUUGCGACCGGGAAGACUCAAGACUCCCCAGAAGAGGUCGUUGAGUUUUCAUCUAAGGAAGUCAAGCCCUCGUCUCUUCUGUUGCAGGACAUACUGCGUGCUCACUCCAUCUUCCUGCUUCACCAUGGCACCUCGCUCAGCGCUCUGUUUGUCCGUUCUCGGAGGACCAAGUUCCUCAGCCUUCUUGGUCGGUAUUGGGACCUGUUCUUGUCAACAUGGAACGUCAUGCUGCAGGGCAACCCGGUACGGACCAUGUUCGGCGGCAUCAACAUAGCCGCUUCCGGCGAACUGGGCAUCGGCGUCGGUGAAGAAGACCGGGGCAGCGGAGAACGAGAAGUGUUGGAAGGUCUUGUCAGCAGAGUUGAGGGCCUUGUCGACCUUGUCGUCUGCAAGUUUGGCUCUUUCGAUGCCGACGGCGAGCCCAAAAAUGGCAAGGAGCCAAAGAGGCCGUGGUUGGGCACAGGCCAGGAUCCAGGGCCCGAAGACGGUGCCAUUUUCCUGGGAACAGGAGCUUUGUCUCGGAAGUCGGUCAGAGAUGUGGCACAGUGGAUGGAGGACUUGUACACUUGGGGCGAAAACGCUUACGGUGUAAUCGAGAGUCCGAUGUCUCUGCGCGCCGCACGACGUCCGCGGAAGGCUGCGCCGGCUCCGGAGACAAAGCCAUCGCAAAACCCGGACGUUCCUGCACGACCUCCAGUUCGGCCAAACGGCCAUCAUUCUGACUCUGGUUCCGGGUCUGGAAGUUCUGGGUCUACGAGAACGCUUGCGGAGCGGCGUGGCCAGGAGAUUGGCACCGUAAAGGAAGCCAAACAGCCAGGGCCCAGCAAGGAGAACACCGCAACUUCCGCCGCCCCUGCAGCGCAGGAAGAGGGAGAUGGGCACAUGGACAAGCUCAUGACGUACAUGAAGCUUGGUUACGGCACAUACUGGUCGAUUGGCAAGUCGGAUACAUCAUCACCUGCCGACAAAAACCAACUGUCCGCCGUUGCCGCCUUGCAAAGUGGAGAGUCCUCCCAUCACACCUCCUCUACGGCACCAAAACCUAAACGGAUGGAUGACGAUGUAGGCCAAUACCUCAUCGGUCUGAUAGGUGACGUUGAGGAGGGCAGUAACAGCGAACGCGAAGAUAGCAAGGACUCUGAUGAGGCGGCCGAGGUUGAGUCGAACUCUCGGACCUUGCUUCGCACCAUUCAUGUCGAGCUCGAAAAGACGGGAACUGACCGCCUCGAAGCAGACGUCGUAAAGGACCUCGGCAGCCUAACAAACGAAGUGACCCCUCUCGGGAUCACUGCCGUGAGCUCGAACCCACUGUUCGGGAACCAGGACUUCAACAAGGCGAGCAAGCUGCGCGUUGUUGUUUAUGUGAACAAGCCAUUCAUCUUUACCUUUCUCUUCGAGCUGAGGACCGACUCGCUGGCUUGGGACUCAUUCUACAAAUCGCUGCAUCACCAGCUGGCGCCUCUCCGAAAACCCCUGCUCUCUUCUAUCCAGUACAGGCCAGCAAAACCAGAUGUGGGUUCUGCAGCGUCAAACAUCUACGACCUCAUCUGGGAUUCCGAGGCCAUGACCGUGUUCUCGAGCAUACCCAACAUACCCGAUCACGCGCAAAUGUUUCAGUCAAACGCGCAAUUGCCGUGGUCGCGUGUCGAGGCGAUGAACACGCACAUGCAGCUUCUCAACAUAUUCAACAUCACGCGGCCGGAGAUCAACCAGCUGGAGCGGACUUGCAAAACAAACCGCGGGUGGUGGGUCGUGUGGCAGCGCAUCUUGGACCGACACACGAACGGGGCCGCAGCAAACCGAUACCCGGAGAACGAAGACGACGACGACAACGACGACACGCCAACGUCGGAGAGCGAGGUUUCGCUGGCCACGAGUGGCGACGGCUCGAGCAUACAGAGGCCGUCUCCGCCCCCUUUGCCUAGCCCGACGGUCAGCAAGGAGAUUUUCCUGAUCCGCAGGGCCAGCGACCACGCAGGCUACCGUGGCAUAAGCUCGUCGUACGCCGAGGGCGGCGGAUCGGGAGCGGGAGCGGGGUGGGGCGACGGCGCGGGCCGUCUGGCCUCGGGGAUCGGCAUCGAUACGCGCAAGUAUAUCGAGGGGCUACUGAACUUUAGUCGGUAG